CAUAUUUUCCUUCCCUUCUUCCCGAGAAACUCUCUCAUCCUCGCACCACGCAAUUUUCUCACCGCACCCACAGAACCAAAACGUCGUCGUUGAGAAUGGCGUCGUCGGCGAGGGUAGAUCUAGACGGCAACCCGAUAAAGCCCAUUACGAUAUGUAUGAUCGGAGCCGGAGGGUUCAUUGGGUCCCACCUCUGCGAGAAGCUGAUGUCGGAGACGCCGCACAAGGUCCUGGCUCUGGACGUCUACAAUGACAAGAUCAAGCACCUGCUCGAGCCCGAGAACGCGCACCCCUGGUCCGAUCGUAUCCAGUUCCACCGACUCAACAUCAAGCAGGACUCGCGCCUCGAAGGCCUCAUCAAAAUGGCAGAUCUGACGAUUAAUCUGGCGGCCAUCUGUACUCCGGCAGACUACAACACCCGCCCGCUCGACACCAUCUACAGCAACUUCAUCGAUGCGCUGCCGGUGGUGAAGUACUGCUCCGAAAACAACAAGCGUUUGAUUCACUUUUCUACGUGUGAAGUGUAUGGGAAAACCAUUGGAAGCUAUCUUCCUAAAGAUAGCCCUCUUCGUCAGGAUCCUGCUUAUUAUGUGCUUAAAGAAGAUGAAUCCCCUUGCAUUUUUGGAUCUAUUGAGAAGCAGAGAUGGUCCUAUGCAUGCGCAAAGCAAUUGAUCGAGAGGCUGAUUUAUGCUGAGGGUGCGGAAAAUGGUCUUGAGUUUACCAUUGUGAGACCCUUUAACUGGAUUGGACCUAGGAUGGAUUUCAUUCCUGGCAUUGACGGCCCAAGUGAGGGUGUUCCAAGAGUUCUUGCAUGCUUCAGUAAUAAUCUUCUUCGCCAUGAGCCUCUCAAGCUUGUAGAUGGUGGCCAAUCUCAGAGAACUUUUGUCUACAUAAAGGAUGCUAUUGAAGCUGUUAUGUUGAUGAUCGAAAAUCCUGCUAGGGCCAAUGGUCACAUCUUCAAUGUUGGCAACCCUAACAAUGAAGUUACUGUUAGGCAGCUUGGUGAAAUGAUGACUGAGGUUUAUGUGAAAGUAAGUGGCGAACCAAAACUGGAGACACCCACCAUUGAUGUUAGCUCUCAAGAAUUCUAUGGAGUGGGAUAUGAUGAUAGCGACAAGAGAAUUCCUGACAUGACUAUUAUCAACAAGCAGCUUGGUUGGAAUCCAAAGACCUCUCUCUGGGACUUGCUUGAAUCAACCCUCACGUAUCAGCAUAGGACAUAUGCCGAGGCUGUCAAGAAGGCCAUUUCCCAAUCAUCUGCAAACUAAAUAAGGGUGCUGUUGUUUGGUGCGACGAAUCAAGGAUCCUUGCUGAGGUGUGCUGUGUCGAAAUUCUUUCGGAAGAGAUCUUCAGAUGUACCUUAAUGUCUGUCAAAUAGUUCGUGGUAGAGGUUCAACAAUACGUGCUUGGGAUUAUGUCUUCAGAAUAUAAUCUAGAUUACUGUAAUUUGUCACCAGAGCUUUUGCUGCGACAUGCUGGCGGGGGUGCUUAUAGGGGGGUCAAUUAUACAAGUCGAGUUAUUUUAUUUAUUUAUUUCAAGCAUUCUGCUGCUUUUGUUCA